CUAGCCGCCAAAUACAACAUGGUUAUCGUUUCCCCAAUUCUCGAGAGAGAUGAGGAAAAAGACGAUGUGAUUUGGAACGCAGCUAUAGUCAUCUCUAACACCGGAAAAGUUAUUGGCAAAAGUCGGAAGAACCACAUUCCCAGAGUUGGAGAUUUCAAUGAGUCAAAUUACUACAUGGAAUCGACGCUAGGCCACCCUGUAUUCCAAACUGCCUUUGGAAAAAUUGCCAUCAAUAUUUGUUACGGUCGUCAUCAUCCACAAAACUGGAUGAUGUUCGCACUCAAUGGUGCCGAGAUCAUUUUCAAUCCGUCCGCUACCACAGGAGAUCUAAGCGAGCCUCUGUGGGGCAUUGAAGCUCGCAACGCUGCGAUCGCCAAUCACUGCUACACUGUCGCCAUCAAUCGCGUAGGGACCGAGACAUUCCCGCAUGAAUUCACCUCUGGCAAUGGCCUACCAGCUCACAAAGACUUCGGUCACUUCUUUGGAAGUAGUUACGUCGCUGCUCCAGAUGGCAGUAGAACCCCG